AUGAACAUAUCGGGUGUUUCUACUAGCUCAGAUGACUUAACGAACAAGUUUCAGAGCACUCCUAAUAAGAAUAAUUAUGGAAACUCAUCGCCUAGCAAUGGUAUAAAUGGGCUCCUCUCGCGAAUACUCCAGAUGACUGUAGAAGUACAGAGGAAGGUAUAUUUGACGCAGGAACAACGCGAUUCUAUCUCUGAUACGUUGGAGAUCCUCCUCGCGUUGACUGAGAAGCUCCUUACUGAAGGAGAGAACAGAAAUGCGAGCCGUCAGGUUUCAUCGGUAGCCCAUUUGAAUGCCCUUGUCGAUGGGAUUGCGAAAUUGAUGCAACCAGCUUCAUACUCUGCGGGACCCAGUUCGCAGAACUCUGCUACGGUCCACCCUAGGCCGGCUGAUGAUCAGGGCGUGAAAUACGGCAUCUUCCAGGACCGAAUCUCGAACCUAUCUCCAUCAGUAUCGACCAAAUCAAUCUACGAAUUAAAGCAAAAUGGUGGUGGUGAGCUUGAUAAGAAUGGGCUACUUGAAUUCGACGAUGAGUUUGACGAUGAGGACGACUUUGGAUCUGCCAAGGUUCCCCAAAUAGGUGAAUUCCGGAUCCCCCAACUAGCAUAUACUCCAAACAGAAACAUAACGUCUAUGACGCCUACUAGAACAAACAAUACCAGUAAGGGGGCCUCCAGAACAAAGCUGCUGAUAAGGCCAACGUACUUAGACUACAAAUAG